CCUGUGUUCACACCGUAAUCAUUCUCACCCCCGUUUUUAUCCAUUCUCAUUUCCGACCGUGACGCAAGUGAUAGCGCAGGGGCGAGAAGUGUGAUCCCCACAGUUUUCUCAGCAUAUAAAGCAGGUGCCGUGCACAGGUGAGUGUUCUCUACAUGGUCUGCUCUCCUUUUAACACCGCUGUGCCUGGCCGUUAGCUGUAGCUUGAAGUUCUGUGGCGAGCUUCAUUGCACAUUUUCAAACUCAAUCCUCAGUUUUGUAGCCGCGUCCCCACUGAAACCGGCAUCCUCUCUAAACAAACUAUCUGCUCUUUCUCUGCUCAAAACGUCUUUUAUGACGUCUGCUUCUAGGAGGUCUUUCAGUUAUCUGGAAGCGGCAGUCAAAGCUCAGCUGAUGGCGCUGUGACACUAUGUGAGACAUAAAUGUUUCACCGCAUAUCGACCGGUUUCAGACCAGAAGACCUACUAUGGCCGUGGGAUGACAAAAGUCAAAUUUCGUGGCCCUUCCGUCUACGGCGGCAUGAUCGAGCUACGGCAGCUCCUCUAUUCAGAGCAGCCUUCAGCAUGCUGACCAUCAACAGGCUACUGCUGGUGGCUGCUCCAUGCACCUGGGCUCUUGCAUCGACAGUGCCCGUGCUGGCGGUGACCUUCGCAAACCUGGGGUUCGCUUUCAUCGUGAUUCUUGUAUCCUACUGGUCACUGUGGCACUUUAGGCAGCUGUUCUUCAACGGGCUGGUUAAUCACAAAGGGAAGGCUGUACUCAUUACAGGUUGCGACACUGGCUUUGGACACUUGCUCGCUGAUCGACUAGCCGAAGAGGGCUUUCUUGUAUUUGCUGGGUGCCUGGAGGCCGCUGGAGCAGGUGCCAAGAUCCUCAGAGAACGAACCAACAUCCGUGUGCUUCAGAUGGAUGUCACCAAGGAAGAAGAUAUUCUUGCGGCAGUCGAAAUCGUGGAAAAGGCCCUAGACAACAAAGUGUUGUGGGGAGUGGUUUGCAACGCCGGUGUAGGAAGUAUCGGCUACAUAGACCUGCAACCACUGAGCCGCGUGCGGGAAGUCGUCGAGGUCAACACCUUCGGCGUGCUCGCGGUCGCAUGCGCAUUCCUUCCGCUGCUGAAGAAAUCGCGAGGAAGGCUUGUCAUCGUUUCAAGCUUGCUGGCAAGGUUAUCUGUACCAGAGUGCCUGGCGUAUUGCAUAUCCAAGCGGGCCUCCAUUACCCUGGCUGACGGGCUCCGCCAGCAGUUCUACUCCAAGGGCGUCCACGUCUGCACUGUUGAACCGGCGGCUUACAGGACUUCCGUGGCCGAUCACGCCGUACUCGAAAAGGCAAUGGACGCCGACCUGCAGCGGUUGCCUGAAAGGAUUCGCUAUACGCUCGACGAGCGGUUCGUGGAGCGUCUGAAAAGUAGAACGCGAGUCCUCUUGUCGUGGUUUAUUCGCAACGACACAGCGGAAGCCGUGGACGUCAUGAGGAGGGCCACACUUGAUCGGAUGCCCAAGGCCCACUACACUGCUGGUGGCACAGUGGACCACGUGUACCGGCUGUUGAUCGACUUGCUCCCGGCCGAAGUGAUGGACGAAGCGCUUCAUAUCAUGAGCAAAGUGGCAACGCUUCGCGCGAAUAGGACACAAAAAUGAUUGAAUCUAACAUUCUUUUUAUUGUUGUUUGAAUGCGGUCUUGCCGAAAUUGAUGUCCGUUAUUCCUGUGCAUUAUCACUGCUUGAGUCAUGCCGGUUUUCUCUGCAGCCGUGUAGGUGAUUGCGUGCUGAUCAUUGUACAGUGCGGUAAGCUUCUAAAGAGAACAGCCAAUUACUAUUCACACCAACAUAACUUGAAUGCCACCAUCUUCGUCCUUACUUAAACC